AGGCAGAGCGCGAGCGAGGGGCUCGUCGAUCCUUGGGAGGCAAGAUGCCUGCGCAAUCUGUCGUGCUCGUCGUUCCAGUUCCAGUUCCAGGGCCAUCUUUUCGUCGAGGUGCCGAGGCCUGCGGGGCGCUGGGCAGCGCAAAGCCCUGCCUAGGGUUUAGCAGCAGCAGCGGUAGUAGGAGCUCUUCGAGCCAUGUCAGUGCACGGGACCUGAGUUCCUUUCGAUUUUCUUCCUUCCACGAUUUGCUUCUUCCGCGUCGACCGAGGGCCAAGCGGCCGACUAUGGGCGGUGGUGGUGUUACGCCGUUGCCUGCUUCGGGUACUCCCGUGCAGAGCAAAUUGGGCGAUGGAGACGGAAUUGUGAUCGUGGACCACGGAUCCCGUCGAGCUCAAUCCAAUGCCAUGCUUCAUGAAUUCGUGAAGAUGUAUAAGGAGAAAACAGGCCGUCUGAUUGUGGAAGCUGCCCAUAUGGAGCUAGCAGACCCGACAAUUUCAGAUGCAUUUGAUCGGUGCGUGGAGCAAGGGGCCACACGUAUCAUAAUUAGCCCGUACUUCCUGUUUCCAGGUCGGCAUUGGGAUAAGGACAUACCCUCGAUCGUAGCCGAGGCAGCCAAAAAACAUCAUAAUGUACCAUAUCUUGUCACCGCUCCCAUCGGCCUGCAUGAACUGAUGGUGAUGAAUAUGGAGCCUCGCGAUUCAGCUCGAGGUGAAAACAACCAGAUGUUUUCUUCCAUUAGAUUGCAACCGAUGCUUAUCUAGUCUUUUUUUUUUGUCGUUUAACUUCUGGGUGGCAAGGAGGAGGUUUUGAACUAAGUACUCAGUCAGAAAGGUGUGGUUGUUUAGCCCACUGCAUAAACUGCGUGUCUCAUUCUUUUAUCGAUGAAUCCAAAGACCUUACACCAUUAUGCCCCGGCAGCAGUCGUCAAGAUGUCCCGCUUGCCAAAACUAUGAUGCGAACUUGUUGCUAACGUAUCGACCUAGUCAUCGUCGAGAAAAUGAUGGAGAGAUUCGUCGAUGGUAGUGACCACGACUGAUGUGAGGGCAGGUGAAGAUGCCACCUUCACAAACGAGUCGUCAAGCAACUGGCCAGUUCCCCAUAAUUUUCCAACCAAGGAACUAAUCCUUGGUUACAUGUGUGCCUCUGUCAAACCCCAACAUUGCACGGCUUUGGUCACGGCGUGGCAAUCUCUCCCCGUUCGAUUCGCAAACUUUGUCCUACCGUGAAUCGUUGAUGCGUAAUCGGAACAGACAGUGUUGGAGAAAUUGACACUGGCGGGGCAUGGUGUGCCCGAUCUCUUGUUUGCCUUCUGAAAAAACUGGACUAUCUAUCGUAGACGCCCAGCUGCAGUAGCAACUGGAAACGAUGAAGUGGUCAUAAGAGAGACUGGUUUGGUUGAGAUAUCAUAAUUGCCUUAAUGCAUAGGACUAAUAGAUAAUUAAGGUUUCAGUGGCACAUAUACUUAAUAUGUUAAGAUUACUAUACGUG